ACUUAUGCGGAUUGUGCAAUAGGCACAUUAGGCUGAACUGAUCGUGUUUAUCAGGAUAAGUACUGAAUAGAAGGGGAAAUUCUCAUGGAACAAACCCCGAUUUCGAUUUGUCAAUGACCAUCUUGUCUUUGCUUUGGAAACAUUCAGUGAUAUAGCGGCUUUCGGAGAAGUGGAUGACAAAAUUUUGUGCUGCUCGUAAUAGCCACGUUCUAAAUUAGCCACCAUCGACAGCUUCGCAUCAAGGGUAGCGCAGGAGAACACAGUGUGGAAGAACUCCGUACGCAUGAUUGUGUGACAGAGACCAUGUCGGGAACGUUAAGGAUGGAAGAUCCCCAUUACAUGAACAUGAUUGAAAAUGAUUACAUGAUGGGCCUUUCGUAUGAGCUCAUGACCCCUCCAAGUGUGAAGAGUGAGCCCUACCUACCAGAGAUCGCAAAUGGUCCAUAUCUACAGAUCAUCGAGGAGCCAAAGCAGAGAGGCUUUCGGUUCCGGUAUGAGUGCGAGGGCCCCUCCCAUGGGGGCCUGCCGGGGGCCUCCAGUGAGAAGAACAAGAAGACCUACCCCACAGUGAAGGUGUCUAACUAUGUGGGCCGCGCCAGGGUGGAGGUGCAGCUGGUGACACACACUGACCCCCCACGCGUCCACGCCCACAGCCUGGUGGGCAAACAGUGCAACGAGAACGGGACGUGCAGCGUGGACGUAGGCCCCAAUGACCUCACAGCACAGUUCAACAACCUGGGCAUCCUCCAUGUGACUAAGAGAGGAGUGGUGAAGGUGCUGACCAGGAGGCUGAAAGAGGAGAGGAAGAGAAUGAGGGACUCCAACUACCAUUUCACAGAAACGGAAGAGCAGGCCCUCCAGAACGAAGCCAAGGAGCUCGGCAAGAACAUGGACCUGAACGUGGUGAGGUUGAAGUUCACGGCCUACCUUCAGGACGGCGACGGCGGGUUCACCCGGGCCCUGAAGCCGGCCAUCUCCAACCCCAUCUACGACAGCAAGUCACCCAACGCCUCCAACUUGAAGAUCUCGCGCAUGGACAAGACCUGCGGCUCUGUGCUGGGAGGAGACGAGAUUUUCCUACUCUGUGACAAAGUGCAGAAGGAUGACAUCGACAUUCGUUUCUACGAGGAGGACGAGGGGGGCUGGGAGGCCUACGGCGACUUCUCUCCCACCGACGUCCAUAAGCAGUAUGCCAUCGUGUUUAAGACUCCCAAGUACCACAGGACAGAGAUCGACCGCCCCGUCACCGUGUUCCUGCAGCUGAAGAGGAAAAAGGGGGGCGACUGCAGCGAGCCAAAGCAGUUCACCUACGUGCCCCAGGUCCAGGAUAAGGAGGAGGUUCAACGCAAGAGGCAGAAGCCCCUUCCUCACUCCUAUGACAGCUGGCGUGGUCCACUAGGGGGCGCCGGAGGGCCAGGGAGAGGCCAGGGAGGCUACGGAGGAGCCGGGGGCACAGGAGGAGGCGGGGUGCAGUACAGCCCGCAGAUGGACGGGGGGAACUUCCACGGGGGGUAUGGGGGUUACGGGGGAGGCGGAGCUCAGAUGUCCGACUCGCCACAGCCCCAGGAAAACACCACGAAUCAGCAGCAGACCAACAGAGCGCCCCUGAGGGGACCCCUACAGCAGCAGCUGCUUCAGAUGGCAUCAGUGCUGCAGGGCCGGGCCACACAGAUGGCCAGACAGACUGCUGGCGCGCUCCUGGACUACUGCAGCACGGGGGACGUGCGCGUCCUCCUCGCCGUCCAGAGGCACCUGUGCGGCGUGCAGGACGAGAACGGAGACACGCCUCUCCACGUGGCCAUCAUCCACCAGCAGCCAGCGGUGGUGCAGCAGCUGGUUCACGCCAUCAUCAGCCUCCCCCAGCAGAAGAUCCUCAACAUCCGCAACCACCUGAGCCAGACACCCCUGCACCUGGCGGUGAUAACCAAGCAGCACACGGUGGUGGACUUCCUGCUGAAGGCGGGGGCGGACCCCACGCUGUUGGACCGGGACGGGCGCUCGGUGGUGCACCUGGCGGCGGCGCUGGGUGACGAGGCCAUGCUUCACGUCCUGCUGUCGCACCUGGAGGAGCGCCACGCCCACCUGCUCAACGCGGCCGACUACAACGGUCUCUACCCGGUCCACCUGGCCGUCAGGAAAGGGGCGGAGCGCAUUCUGCGCGCCCUCGUGGAGGCCGGCGCCGAGGUCAACGCCGCGGAGCUGAAGAGCGGCAGCACGCCGCUGCACCUGGCCGUCAGGGAGAACCUCUUCAAAGUGGCCUGCCUGCUCAUCACAGAGCUGAAGGCAGAUGUGAACGCGUGCACGUUCGGGGGAAACACCCCGCUCCACCUGGCUGCCAGUCAGGGCUCGCCCACGCUCUGCUCCAUGCUCAUCGCUGCAGGCGCCAAGAAGCACCUGGAGAACGACGAGCCGCUCUUCUUCAGCUCCUCCUCUUCCGAUGAGGAGGACGAGAAGGAGGAAGCCAAGCCAGCCCGGGAAGACACGGACAGCAAACCGCAGACGCCGCGGUGCCCGCCGUCCAACCCCCGCAAGAGGCCGGCCGGAGGACACACCCCCUUCGACCUGGCCAAGUGCCAAAAGGUGAGGGAUCUCCUGGACUGCAGACAGGACCCCAGGCCCAGCAGAGACACAGCCAAGACCUUCCUGAAGCAGGAAGAAGGAAAGAACCAGAUGACCAGCGAGACCCUCAGUAAGCUCUGUGGGAUCAUCAGCCAGAGCGAUGUGCCCCUGAGGCAGCUAGCAGAGAAGCUGGGCAUGCUAACGCUAGCGCCCCUGUUCCAGCAGAGUUCGUCCCCCUGCCAAAAGCUGCUGGAGAAUUACCAGCUGGGCGGCGGUCAGAUGGAGGGGCUGGUGGAGGCCCUGCAGUCGCUGGGUCUGAACGAGGGCGUGAGGCUCCUGAAACAGACAGAGCUGAGAGACAAGCCCCAGAGCACAGAUCCGACGGUGGACAGCGGUUUCGGCAGCCAGGGGACGGAGGGGUUGGUUGAAGAGGAGAUGGAGCAGCCCAUGUUAGCCAACCACUGACCGACGUGACCCGCGCGCCUCAGCGGAGAGAAUCGGCCGCCGGAUUAGACGAGCUCCGUCCUACGGUCAGCCCAAGAGCUGGUCCCGGAGUCCACUGAGUCCAUCAUACUGAGAAUAGAUGGACUGCUGACUCCAGAGAGGUUUCAUCAAUUUGUCGUGCCGAAGGCAGCAAGGAGCACCUUGUAUCGACGUGGCGGCACCGUGGCGGUCAAACUGUCUCAUUGCAACCAGGAAAAGCUGAUGGCCGUGUCUACGUCACGCUUGGAGACCUAGAUCCGCUGCUUGUAUCCGCUGAGGUUCAGGGCGGGGACAGUGUCCCCAGGGUACUGGGGAAGUGUCAUAUGAAGCAGAGGCAACUUUGGACCUCCCCAAAAUCUUUUUCAAGCUUCAUUCUGCUGCCUGCUGAGGACAAGGACUAAUAGCAAGCACAUUUUAGGCCUACAUCAGUUUUACUUGCUAUAUUACUAAUACUGUGUAUUCUUGUGUUCCCUUUUUUGGCUAUAAGUUUACAGCUUGUUAAAUUGUCCGCAGACAGUUUGUGUGACUGUUACUGAUUCAGAGAGUGGACAGCACUGUAGAGAUAUUUUCAGUUUUCAA